AUGACGACAACAAAGUCAUUUCUCUCCCUCCCUAUUGAAAUUCAUCUCGAAGUCAUAGACUGUCUGGACUAUCCUGCUCGAUUUGCUCUGGCAUAUGCAAAUAAAUACUUUAAUCAGAUAGUCACUCGCCGGGUACCACCGCCGACUAACGAGGAGAAACUAGCAUACCUCUGUGCUACAGAGACAUGGCCAGUCUACCGCGACUAUCUAGCCUGCAAUCAAUGUCUCAAAUUUCGUCCUACCAACGCUUUCACCAACAAGCAACAUCAAGGGAAACGGAGCAGAGGCUACUCCGACAACAAACGUCGAUUCUGCAUUCGCUGCGGAGUCCACAAGCACAUAUACCAGCCCGGCCACGUAAUCCCCAUCGAUAAUGACAGCAAGUUCGUGAUUUGUUGGUGCUGUAAGUUCCCUGGAAGCGGUUCCUAUUGCUUGGUAUUUGGGAGCUGUGCAAAUUGUGGCCAGGUCAUGCCAGUCAUGCAUUAUAUCUGGGAUCAGAUAUAUCAGCCUUGCUUGCAUUCCUUCAACUGCUUCGGCUGCGGUCAAGAGGGAAGCGUAAGCCGUCUCCAUCGCCCGCUGCAAGGGCGACUAGACGAUAUACUACAUCAAUAUCGGGCCAUUUCAGUGUCCGUGUGGAAGCCAAAGGUUCAUUCUCCGAGUUGA